CUUCUGUCCCAGUCAUUCUCCUCCUCUGCCACGACAACAGCGGCUGCCUGUUAUCCGUACAUCCGGGACAUUGCCGCGCUGGUCCUUGAGGCUGUGGAAAGGGGCACCAUGUGGAGGUUGCAAUAUCUAGUGAAGGAGUUCAGGUGGUGGUCAUUCCUCUCCUUCAUGCUGUUUAGUUUAGGAUGUGUCACAGCCUCAGAACUCACUUUUGAGCUGCCUGAUAAUGCCAAACAGUGCUUCUAUGAGGAUAUCACUCAAGGAACCAAGUGUACACUGGAAUUUCAGGUGAUCACUGGUGGGCAUUAUGAUGUGGACUGCAGACUAGAGGAUCCGGAUGGAAUUGUAUUGUACAAGGAGAUGAAGAAGCAGUAUGACAGUUUUACCUUUACUGCGACCCGCAAUGGGACCUACAAGUUUUGUUUCAGUAAUGAAUUCUCCACAUUCACACACAAGACCGUCUACUUCGAUUUCCAGGUUGGAGAUGACCCACCUCUUUUUCCCAAUGUGAACGGGGCGACUGCUCUUACUCAGAUGGAAUCUUCCUGUGUUUCCAUCCAUGAGGCACUGAAGUCUGUAAUUGAUUACCAGACACAUUUUCGACUGCGGGAGGCGCAGGGACGCAGCAGGGCUGAAGAUCUGAAUAGCAGAGUAGCCUAUUGGUCUGUAGGGGAGGCCGUUAUCCUCCUUGUUGUAAGCAUCGGACAAGUAUUCUUGUUGAAAAGCUUCUUCUCAGACAAAAGAACCACUACAACCCGCGUUGGUUCAUAACCAAUGUUUCAAAGGAAGCCCUGCUUGCGAUACGAUUUGCACCCAACUGCAAAGGUUUUUUUCUUUGUUGUUUUUCCUGGUUACCUGUAAGUAAAGAACUGUAUAUAUUGGUAAAACUAUAAUUUACCUUUUAGAUUCCACUGUAGCUGACCCUUUAAAAAAAGACAAUAAAAUGGAAAAAAAUAUAUAGGUUUUUUUUUUUGGAAAGGGUGGUAACUUUUAUUUGUAAUGUUUUGGGGAUUUUUUUAUUUCUAAAUUUUGAUUUCCACGUUGAGCAUUUAACUCUUAAGGUUAAUAUAUUGUCAGUUUCUCAAGAACACUCAUCUCUGCUCUUUAUUUAUUAGUCCCACAUACUCCGAAAAUAUGGCUGUUCACGUUAUGUUCGCAGUUAAGCUUUCGAAUGGCCAACCUGACUGAAAUUUUAGUUUCACUGUAAUCUUAUCCUGUUUGCCUUAAGCAUCACAUACUCCAUAGCCAGACAAGCUGUCCUACACUGAGGCGUCUGAUAGUGACCGCACUGCAUGUUACCCUGAACAAAUGGUAACACGUAUGUUAUUUAUUCAAAAUAUAUGGCUCUAGACAAAAACGUUUUCUCAGGCCCCAUUAAAAGUGCAUGUCUUAUUUCAGCAGUGAAAUUUCCCUCUCCAGGAAGAUUCUUCUCAUAACUGCCAUCAUUCUGAAACAUUCACUGAAUAUUUGCAUUUGAGCACCAAUAUAGGUGACCGAGAGAGAGAGGUGUGACUUGCACAGAUUUUUUUUUAAAGGAAACUAGAAAGUAUUUUACCAGUUGUGAAAAAUAUAGCCUAGAGUUUGUCUUUUGAUAUGGAAAAAGAUAAUUUUUUUUAUUGCAGUGCUUCAUGGAAUUUUUUGUUUCCUGCUGCUAGAGACCUGGAACUUCUGUUCAGUCCUACACCCAGCAAACACAACUAUAAAGGUCAGAGCCACUGAGAAAAAAACAGUGGAAUUGUAGUCAGUGGCAUUAUUAAGGGAAGAACUUCACAGGCGAUUUUAAGUGCCAUAUCAUCCGCCCCGACGCACUGAGAUGCAUUGCAGGAAACUCUGCAUGUUGCGUCUUCAUCCGACGGUCAUGUCGGAUGCACGCAGCAACAUCAUCUGACAUUCCUAUUACUUACCUUUGAUUCAGCGCAUCCGACGUGAUGCCUGCGUUUCAUCUCAGCGUAUCGUAACAGACGGUAUUGCACUUAAAAUCGCCCGUGGCGUUCUACCCUAAAAAGGCCUGUUUAAAAAAAGAAAAGAAUGUGAGUCCCUAAUGCCUUUCACUACAUAAGAAAAUAACUUAAAUGUGAGUUACUUUGUAUAAAAUAAAGUACGUUUUCUGUCUAGUUUGACGUUUUGUUGCCAUAAAUAAUGACGCACAAUGAUUUCCGCUAACCUGAAACACACACUGGGGCUGAUUUGUGAACAUAGGUGCUAAAUUGCACCAGUGCAGGUAACCAGAGUAACCAAUCGGAUCUUUUUCACUUGUAGUUGACUGUUCCAAGCAAGUUGCUAAAUGUUUGCUAUUGGUAAUUGCACUUUGGCGCCUCUGUGUAAAUAAGCCCUGUUUGAUCUCACAAACCUGUAUUUUUGACCCAUUGUCCAUGUUGGCAGCAUCAGUUCACUUUGAGUUUCAGAUCUGUAUAAAGAUAUUUGCUACAGUUGGCUCAUUCAAUAAAUCUGCUAAACCCUAAAACCAAAGUUUUCAUAUCCAUUGCUUGAUUGACCCUCUUUUUGCACAUCCUUUAUCUAGUAUGAUUGUUACUUUGUUGGACCAACCCAUUUCUCCUUUUAUUUGAUAACCUCUUUCCACAUGUGGAAAUAAAUGUAAACAAACACAAGAACGUUGCCAAAAAUUCUAUGCAGGGCCCCCUCAAAGACUUCCAUCACUUGAGCAAAUGUCAGCGGAGACUUAACCUGGUGAGGGUAGCAGCAAAUAUUUGCUCAGGAAACCCCAAGCUCUGGAUCUGUAAAGUAGGCCUUGGUCAGUGUGAUGCAAAGUGCUGUCGGCUGCCCUGCAGUCUAUGAAAAUGCUGUGCUGAUUCAGCUAAUCUAGAUUUCCCUCUAAAGCAAGAAUCCUCAAACAGGGAAACACAACUGGGUUGUCCAUGUGGUCCAGUAAGUAGGUAGUGGCAAUUAGCAGAUUAGUUUCUAUGAUGAUUGUCCCCUCACUAGUUUGUAAUCUUUAAACAAAACACAUUUUGAAUUAAGGGGAAUUUUAUUACCCAAUAGCUUUCGUGUAUGUACUCUGUAUAUAAGAUAGGAAUUUAUUAAGUGGCCAUUGUGCCCAACUGAGAUCACUUACCUCUUGGUCAUGUCUUAUUCUAUGUAGUGGCAAAGAAGCAGAAUUAUUUUGAAUUGUGAAUCAACUACUAAAGCUGCGCCGGCCCCAUCAUUUCUACAACCUCCCUAUCUGCAUAUAAUGUUGCAUCGAUCAAUUUUAACUCUGUGGGUGUUUGCAGGGUUGAGAACACCAAUCUUGGGGGGAUCACUUUAUUUGUUCCACACUUGCUGCAUAGGUGUCCUAUUCUUUUGGCCAUAUGAAAGAAACAUCACCUUUUUAUUACAAUAAACAUCCUAGUAAAAAUAUCUACAUUUGUGGACACAGCAACAUGAAUAUCUCAAAUUAUAAACGGAGGCAUCUAUAAGCUGGUACCAAAGUGAAUUAAUGGCAGCCAAACAUGCAUUAUGGAUAUUAGAGCUGAUAUGUAUGUUUCUCUUUUAUAGUAGUGUGUUCAGUGACUGGUCACACAAGAGGGGUAGUAACUGGUUGUAGUAGUGCACUUAAGUGUGUUUUCUUCAUUGUUUACAUCUAUACAUUAUCUUGUCCAAAUAGAGAUAUGGAAAUAAAGGCAACGAUUGUGCAGAUUGGUGUUUGAGCCUUUUCAUAUUAAUCCAUAAAACUUUAAUUUUGGACCUGUGCAAAAAAAUCUCACCGAUCUGCUGUUGUCUGAAAAAGUAUAGAGCUAGGGAUGAUCAUCUUUGCACAGAAUAUCAUGCUUAAAUGAAGGCAAUGAAAUAAAAACAUUGAAGAAAAUU